AUGACGGCCAACGGGAAGAUCGACGCCAAAUGUGAGGACGAGAGGGACCCCAAACCGGGCACCGGUUUAGUAGGCUUUGUGUCGAAUGUAUUUCUUUUGCUGACAAUCGCCGACUCAAUCGUGCAUUUAGUCAAAGAAGCGGAUUAUAAGAAAAAUCACACCAAAGAGGAGUCCAAAACAAUAAAAUGUCCAAUAAAUGCAAUAUUCAUGAUAUUCUCGUCAUUUGUUUACUCAAUCUCUUUGACCAUAAUUAUGAUACUGUCGUGUCUGUGCAUUGACUUUAACAACAGCUCCAUUAGUCUCAUUUGUCACAUCAUUGCCUGCUAUUUCGGUCUCGCGGUUGGCGUCAAACUAUUGAUUAACACAUUCGCCCACAAGAAGACCACUUUCGCUAAAGUGAUGCAAGUAUUUCAACACAAUAUUCUGGCCCUUUCGACACUAAUAAUGGUUGUGUUGGCGAUAGUGAUGGGUAUUAUUCUUCGGGAAACAAAUCCCGGUUGGAAUCAACGGUCGGUGAAAUACAUUGGAUUUAUUGGCGAAUUGUUUCUCCGAAUGCUUAAGGGUUUGGUUUUGCCCCUAAUAUUCACGAGUUUGGUCUACGCUAUGAGUGAUAUCGACACUCGACUCUUCGGGAAGAUUGGCUUUCGGACCAUCGCUUUCUAUUUGUCCACAACUCUUCUGUCCAUCAUUUUAGGCAUAAUUCUUGUCAUUUCAAUACAACCCGGAAAUAAAGGCGAGGGAGAAAAGAAACAAUUUGAAGAGGGUGAAAGUAUCAAGCUUACUACAAUCGACACCAUAUUGGAUUUAAUCAGGAAUCUAUUUCCCGAUAACCUGAUUGAGGCGGCGUUCGUAUCAUUUACCACAGUAUUGAAGCCUCCAAACGGAACCACUGGCGAAGACUUGCCGAUCGAGGAGUGGGAGAUUAGCUCCGGAAAGAGUAACGCAAUGAAUAUUUUGGGACUCGUUGUGUUUGGUGUGGUUUUUGGUGUAAUCAUUGGCCGAAAUAAAAAAGAGGCGCAAGUGUUGGCCGAUUUCUUCAAGGCGUUCAACAACAUAAUGAUGGGCAUCACUGUAAUCAUCAUCCAAUUCACUCCAUUAGCCGUUUUGUUUCUCGUUUUGCCACAACUAUUGAGUGUGAAAGACUUGAACGAACUGUUGGGAAGUGUUGGCUGGUAUACCCUAACCGUUUUGGUCGGUAUAUUCAUCCAUGGUACCAUUAUAUUGCCCAUCAUAUUUAUAAUAUGCACUAGACAAAAUCCGUUGACAUUCAUCUCGAAAAUGUCGGCCGCAAUGAUGACAGGCGUCGAUCGCCGAAUAGUGAGGUUUUGUAUCCCAAUCGGUGCCACCAUUAAUAUGGACGGAACCGCUCUUUACGAAGCGGUGGCCGCUAUUUAUAUCGCACAGUACAGAGACGUGGACUUGGAUUUUGUUAAGAUUAUAGUGAUUGCCAUCACAGCCACCGCUGCCAGUAUUGGCGCCGCUGGUAUACCACAGGCUGGUCUCAUAACAAUGGUUAUUGUGUUGAACGCUGUGGGACUGCCCGCUGAGGACGCGGCAUUGAUUGUAGUGAUUGAUUGGUUGAUCGAUAGAUUCCGGACAGUUCUCAAUGUGUUGGGCGACGCUUUCGGCGCUGGGAUUGUGUAUCAUAUGAGCCAAAAAGAUAUCGCAGAGUUUGACGCCCAAGAGAUGGCCAAUGAGAUCGCCGUCGGAGAGCUUAGAAAUAUCGCAGAGUUUGACGCCCAAGAGAUGGCCAAUGAGAUCGCCGUCGGAGAGCUUAGAAGUGAUUUAUAA